AUGCGGCUAGCUCAGCCAAGAAGAGGACUAGAUUCGAGCCGCGAGAGUAAGGAAGAAAUAGAUCAAGCUCAUAAUAAUAUUCAUGAUGACAAAGCCCCUGGAGUUGAUGGUUUCAAUGCUUUUUUUUACAAGAAAGUAUGGCACAUCAUCAAAGGUGAGGUUUAUGAGGCCAUUUUGGAUUUCUUUGAUGGUAAUCAGUUUCAUAAUGCCAUUAACUGUACUGCUGUCACUAUUAUUCCUAAAAUAAAAAAUGCAACUUAUGUUAAAGACUAUAGGCCUAUAGCUUGCUGCACUGCUGGUUUUCUUCCUGAAAGACAGUUGAUGGACAAUGUUUUACUUGCUUCUGAACUGAUUAAGGGUUACAAUAGAGCUUAUAAUAGUCCUAGGUGCAUGGUAAAAGUGGACAUUAGGAAAGCUUAUGAUUCUUUGAAGUGGAGUUUUCUUCAAAAGGUGAUGGAGGAAUUGGGGUUUCCUAAUCAAUAUAUUCAGUGGGUAAUGGUUUGUGUUCGGACUCUUUCAUUCUCAAUAUUGGUUAAUGGCUAUCCCACACCCCCAUUUGCUGCUGCUAAGGGAUUAAGGCAAGGUAGUUUACAGCCUUAUCUCUUUGCAAUAGGGAUAGGUGAUGUUCACUCUGUUUUGCUUCUUACCUCUGAGUUUGCCAGUUUCUCUGAAGCCUCUGGGUUGCAUGCAAAUCCAGAGAAGAGUUGUAUUUACUUUUCUGGAGUUACAGAUGAUGUUCAGAGUCUUAUUCUGAAGGAGACAGGCAUGACUAAAGGGGAUCCUCCUUUUAGAUAUUUAGGUGUGCCUCUUUCUUCCAGAAAGCUCAAUUAUAGCCAAUGUAGGCCUUUAGUUGAGAAGAUUACUGCUAGAAUUCAUCAUUGGUCAGUUAAAUCCCUUUCCUAUGCUGGUAGAUUUCAAUUGUUGCAGAGUGUGAUUGGUGGUAUGAUGAAUUUUUGGGCUCAGCUGUUCUGCUUGCCUAAAAAGUGGAUUAAGCAAGUGCUUUGUAUAUGCAGGAUCUAUCUUUGGACAGGGAAAGAGACUCCCUCAAGGAAGGCUUCUCUUGCUUGGGAGCAAGUGUGUUUACCCAAGACUUUGGAUCCAAUGGGUGCAUUCUUAUUUUAUUAUAUUAAAAAAAAUUCUGUUUGGUAUUGUUCGAUUUCUUCGAGUAUGUCAUGGAUGCUUAGGAAAAUCUUGGAUGGCAGACACAUGGUGCAGCAGUGGCAAGGAUGGCAAAGUGUGACUGAAAAUGGAGCAUUCUCUAUCAAAAAAGCUUAUAUGAAGCUUUUGGGUACUCAUUCAAAGGUUAGUUGGAGGGGGUUAGUGUGUAAUAAUUUAGCUAGCCCUAAAAGUGUCUUUAUUCUAUGGCUCAUGGUGCAAAACAGGCUUGCUACAAGGGACAGAUUGCUUAGCUGGAAGAUCCAAUGCUCCGCUGCUUGUGGGUUAUGUGAUUCUGCAGAUGAAUCAGUGGAACACCUUUUCUAUCAGUGCAGUUAUAUCCAAGCAGUAAGGUUGCAGGUAUUUGGUAUGUUUGGCUUGGGUGUUCUACCCCCUGGUUCUUGGACAGAGGUUAUUCAGUUCUUCUCCAAAAUCACUAAGAAAAAAAUCUUUUGUUUUGGUUCGACCCGUAGUCCCAUAUGAAAUAACGGACGGUAUCAAUUUAACAACACUUUUCCCUCAGUAUUUGUUGCAGGAAAGGGAUAAUGUGCAACUUCGAGUUGUCAAUUAUAUCCUUUAUGGAAAUGACAAAGCCACUCGAUAAAUUUCUGACACAAGUAUUCAAUUAGUACGUACUUGUUUAGUAUUGAAUUGGAAUCAAAAUAAAAAAAGUUCUUCUAUUGAAGAGGCCCGUGCUUCUUUUGUUGAAGUAAAAACAAACGGUAUGAUUCGAGAUUUUCUAAGGAUCCAUUUAGUGAAAUCCCAUAUUUCGUAUAUCGGGAAACGAGAUGAUCCAUUAUCAGAAAAAAAUGAGGGAUCAAAUCAUACCAAUAUGAAUCCAUUUUAUUCCAUUUAUUCAAAGACAAAACUUCAACAAUCAUUUAACCAAAAUCAAGGAACUGUUCG